AUGGCGGGCACGCCGCGGGACUGGUGGGCAGAGGAAUGGGGCGACGACAGUGGAUUCGGUGACGAGUCUGAGGGGGAGGAGUGGGAAGGAGAGGGUUGGGAGCGAGGAGAGGGUGAAAGUCGGGGAGAAUUUGAGAGUGAUGGGGUGGGAGAGAGUGAGAAAGAAGGGCAGCAGGAUGUGAGGAGAGGAGGUGGGAGGAGCAGCAGUGGGGGGAGGAGGCGAGAGCUGGUGGAAGGGUGGGUGGAGGGACCUGACGAGUCAGCAGAUUUGGCGUUUAGCUGGGUGAACGAGGCUGGGCGGCAGGAGGAUCUGAUCUCACCAGCAGCCAAGCAGUACCAGUGGAACACCCGUUCCUGCGCCAAGCUGCUUCCGCCCUCCGCCUAUGCCGGCCUCUCCACCACCAUCACGGGUAAAAACGCUACGGAAGAUCAGCUGCGGGCUCUGCUCGCAACAGCCAGCAGCAACAGCAACACGAGUGCUGCAGGGGCGGCGGCGGCGGCGGCAGGAGAGCGGUGGUUGGUGUGGGUGCCGAGGCACGUCCCUGCGCGGCUUCUCUUCCGCUCUGCUCUUCGCCUUGCUCUCUGGCCGCCGCUUCCUGCGCUGGCACGGUGGGCCGCACAGUCGGGCCCCACUUUUCGACUUGCCCAUUCCUUAUUCCUGGUGCUGUACCCUCCUUGCACCUGCUUGACACGGGUGUCUGGGUCAUUUGUUGCAUGUCUCUCUAUAUGCUUCUACUCCCUCUCCCCCUCCUCAAACCCCACACACCACCUUUCUCUGCACAAAGUCCUCGACCGUCUCUGCGAUGCCUUUGAAUGCGCCACAGACCAGCUCACCGUCACCUCGCUCGCGCUCCCCCUCCCCCUCCUGGAAGCCGACGACCUCGUCCUGCACGGCCUCUUCGACACCUCCCCGGUCCUCACCGUCUUCACGGGGUCCUUUUUCGACAAGUUCUGGCGCGGGGACAAGCGCGUGUACCGCUGCGUGCUCGCCGCGUUCCGCUGCGCCACCAUCUGGUGCGUGCACGCGCAGACGCUCGCGCUGCUGCUGCCCAACGGCCCGUCUGCUCGUCUGGAGCGCGAGCUCGAUAAGGGCCUCUGGUCCAUCCGCCCGCUCCCGCUGGUGCAGCAGCCGGAAGGAGGGGAGGGGGCGGGAGUGGGAGUGGGAGGAGGAAGGGUGGGGAUGGGGAUGGGUGAGGAGGAGGAGGAGGAGCAUUGGGAGAUGGAGAAGGUGCCGCCAGGGCAGGCGGUGCGGAUGCAGUUUGACAUGGCCCUGCACGUGCGAGGGCGCCCCAGCAAAGUGGAGCUGGGAUGCGCGAACGGAGACCUCUCUUCCCCUCCCCCUCCCGGCCCCCCUCUCCCGCUCCUCACCAUUUUCAUCGCCACAGGCACAGACGAAGUCCAGCCAGCCAUAGUCAAAUUCCUGCGCCCGUUCGGGCGAGUCUUCUUCUCCAACGCGCCGGCCAUCCACCUGUCCAAGUCCCUGUCCCAGGGCAGCCACCUGAGCACGCUGGGCGACUUUCUGAUGCUGAGUAAACCGUCGGUGGUGGUGAGCUUCACGCGGUAUAUCAGCACUUUUGCCAUGUUUGCCGCCAUGCUGGGGAAUGGCACGCUCGUGGCGCAGCCUGAGUCGGAGAGUAACUGCCGGUUUGUUGUGGAGCACUUGGCGCAGAUGCCCCCUGAUCUCACCUGA